CCAAAUAACACCAUUUUAGAUCUUUUCUUUCUAUCACUCUUUUUCAUCAAAUCAAUAAAAGAUGUCAAGUACCCAACAAAACUUCAGUGCAGGCCAAACCCAAGGCCAGACUCAGGCUAAGGCCGAAAAUUUGGUCCAAUCUACGAAGGAAUCAGCUUCAGCAGCUGUUGACAAAGCUAAUGCAGCUGCUAACACAUCAGGGCAAACUGCUGAGCAAAACAAGGAGGAAGCAGCUGGUUUUCUCCAACAGACUGGGGAGCAAAUGAAGAACAUGGCUCAAGGUGCUGUGGAUAGUGUGAAACACACACUGGGAAUGGACAAGAAGUGAUCAGUGUUCAUUAGUGAAAGUGUUUUUAUAGGUUCUUGCUUAUUCCUAGUUGUUAGGG